AUGGCUGACAAGACAACAUUGAUAGUUAUCAGUUCCUUUAUCAUGUUCCCAGCUGUGAUGAUGGCACAGGAAGUUGUAAACCAUGGAGGUAAUGACUAAUGACAUCAGAACCAAAAUUUUAUUGCGCACCUGUUUGUAGGCAUUAUGUUUAAGCACCCUGUUGCUCUUUAAUAUACAGAAAGCUGUCAAAAAACCAUUCUGAAGUAAAAAAAAAAUGAAAUAAUUAUUUUUACUCAUAAAAAAAGGGCGAUCAAGACUUAGGAGAGUGCGUUCGAUAUGUUUGUUGAGGCGGAAGGGUGGUUGCGAUGUAGAUAAACAUGAUUAUGGCAUAUUUUGAACGUAAGGGUUGCGUACAGCGAAAUCUCUAUUUAAACUGUGUAUUAUUUUAAGAACGUUUUCAAAAGAUAUCGUAUGGUUCGGUGUCAAGUGCUUUUAAUCGGAGGAGACAUUGGCCAGCGUCGGACUUGUAAAUGGAACAUUUUGUUUUACGGCGCGAGUUACAGGGCGCAGUUUCUCAAAGGCCGAUUACUUCUUAACCCGAGAUUCCUUUUCUUUCUUCAAAAAUAUUUCUUCGGAUAAUUUUCUCUGUUAUGUUUAACAGCAUCCAAUCAUCAACUUGUUGACAAAAUGAAUUACUUUGAAUUUACUGGUUUAAAAGCUUUCACAUCUGAAUUCAAACUUCGCACUAACCCUAUCAAAGCCUUCAAUGGAACGUGUGUGCGGCUCACGUCAAUAACUUUUCCAGUAAUUUGGUCGAGCGUGUUGAUUUCAGUGACUCGAGAGUGGCGCUACUGUGGGCUGAUUUAUAAGUUUUUCCUAAUAAAUAACAUAGAGUUAAAGUGUUCGUUUGUCCGGUGCCGAAAAUAUCACAAGUCAUGGUCAAAUGGCGCCGCCGAGCUUCACAUCUCGGUAGAUUUACUUUGUGGCACAACGGCUGCCGAGCUAUACAACUCGGUAAAUUUACUUUGUGGCAUAACGGCCGCCGAACUAAACCCGGUUUGAUGCAUGCACCAGUAGUCGCAGACAUUUUCCAAAGACAGUGACGAACAUGCUGAAAAAUAUGAAGGCUUAAUCCAAAGUAAAAUUUAACAGCAAACUCCUGAAAGAUGAACGCUUUGGACGAUUCAGCAAUCACAGAUCGAUGUACGCUUUACGAAGAUUGAGCAAACUUUUUAAAAGAUGAAAGCUUUACGAAGAAUAUCAGACCUUAGCAAACCUUUGAAAGAUGAACGCCGAGGACACAAGAAUCACCACAUGAGUUAGCGCGUCAAAGUGAGGAAAAACUUAAGCAAGCGCCUCAAAGCGAGGCAAAUGUCUGAAAAUGCAAUCUCAAAAAAACCUCCCUUAUUAAUUGCACAGGUCACCCAAUAAUGCACAGAACAUCCAACACAAAUUAGGGGUUGCGUUCUCGUACCUCGAACGCAAGUACUGUUCAUUUAUUGUUUUGCUGUUUCGCAGUUUGUCCCGUUCCGAUGAAUAAAGAAGAAGAAGAGAUAAUUAAAGAGCAGGAAAGAAACAGAGAAGAAAUGGAAGAGAUCAUGAGAGAGAUUGAAAUCAGUUGUUUAGGUGAGUGAUUAUAAACCAUGGGAUGAAUAAUUAAGUACAAGUAAAAAUAACUUAAGGAGGGUUGGGGUCGUUUUUGUUAUACAAAGAACAAUGUAAAUUAUGAAUUUCUGAACCCGUUCUCUUCAUUGGAAGCGUUGUUGCUCAUGGGACGAAAAAAUCCCGCGCGGAUACCUGGGGGGGGGGGGGGUACUCUGGAUUUCAAGGGACAGAUCCUCGAAGCUUUUGUUCCGACGCCUACUCUCCAUUGUAUAUAUAACGCUCCUCAUUCAAUCUCAAUUCGAUUAUAGUGAUAUUGUCUGGGGUAAUUGUGGAAAAACUUUGUUUGACCGGUUACAGAAGCUUUAGAACCGUGCUGCUCGUGUUCUAACCUUUUCUAGGUGUGAUGCUUAUGCCAACCGCUUAUUUAAACAACUUAAUUGGAAAGACUUGAGCACUCAGUUUCAAAUACAAAAAGCCCUAAUGGCUCACAAGUCUUUAAAUGAUCUUGUUCCCGGAUAUUUAUCCUCUAAACUGUUAAACGAUGUGAAACGCACUACUCCCUAAGGGACUCUGUUAACAAACUGAGUGGGAACUAGCUUCAUGAAGAACAGCUUCAGUUAUAGUACACAAGUUAUAUGAGAGGGCUAAAUUUUUAACAAUACUAAUUAACUGCAGUGAAGCACACGUACCAUCACUGCGUUAUGGCCAAUACCUUAUGUAUGCGCACAACCAUAUCACCCAAGUAGUGGCAGCCAUGGACAGCUGGUUCGCCCUUAUUGAGGCUCAUCCGCCUGGCAUAGCCGUUGGGUCAAUUAGCGGGGGAUUGCUGGCGUAUCAAAGAACAUUUACUGCUGAGGCGUGUGCAAGCACAGCAUGAAAAUGGAGAUUUACGCAAAAUUAAAGUUUGCGUAAACCUCCGUAAAGUUGGUCAUCCAACUUUACGCAAACUUUCCACGGCGCGUAAAGGUUUGUAAAGGUAAAUUUACGCGCUCGGCUCUUAAAGGUUUCGCGAAGCUAGCAUAAAGUUGUUGUAACAGCUUUACGCUAAUUUACGCAACAAGUAAAGGUUUAGUAAGGUUGUCAUAUAAUGCUAGCUUCCUAACAGCAAUUUAUUCCCGGCACUGUUUUUAGUAAGUCGUUUGUGUCCUGAUACUAGUUCGCAUAGUUUUUUUGAUCACUCAUUUGGUGUUCGAUGUUGGUGUGCGAUGUAAACAAGCCAACCACGCAAAUUUUUUUUGGCGGUGCGAACGACUUCGUACACGCUUAAAAAUGACGCUGAAAAGAAAAUUCUGCUGGCAGAGUUCAUGCAAAGAUAUAGCUUGCGAUUGUGCGGCAAUUUUCGAAAAACGGCAUAUCUGUCGCGGCAAACACAAUAGCCUUCAAUACUCAGUAGUAUUCCCUCAUUGAUUUCAGUCAGUAUAAGGUGUUUCUUCCUUAACGGUCACCUCUCUACACGGGCCAUUUUUGUUUUGUUUUUUUUUUUCGGCGGACGGUCCAUACAUGACAUACAUUUACUCUUCUUUCAACCUCUCUACUAUGGCCACUUUCUUCAAUGUCCCUAAGGUGGCCGUUGUAGAGAGUUUCAACUGUAAUUUGAUCAAAUUGAAAUAAUUGGAAAAUAAAGAAAAAAUAUCGCCUCGCAAAAACGGCGAGUUUUACUUAAAGAAAGAACGCAUUACUUAAAGAGAAAGAACGCACUCACAAAUUACUGUGACCAUUUUACAAUCAACGGAGUACUGGCUUCAUUGUUGAACCUCCUUUAUCGUUUCCUUAUUUUUAGUCCGAGGACUUCAGGUUUGGGAACGGACAAUUUGUUAAAAGAAAGGGGCCUGGAAACAAUACAGUGAAGGGACACCUGGUCAGCGGGCUUGUUCCUUUGCACAUGCUCAGUCAGGUUCGCUGAUUUGGCGUCCAUUUUGAAAGUGUCCAACGGUUUCAAACUUGCUUCUUUGAAAGGUUGGAGAUCGUUCAUAUAUUAUGCUUCUUGAUAGCAUCACAGGACAUCUUAAGGUUGUUACAAUUUAUAAUGGCACUAUCAGCCUUUAGUAAUCGAUCACUUCUCAAGUGUGCAGCAACCCUUUCGGGACGAGAUACUCAGUCAGAAAUGGAGACAGAAACAUCGUGUGAAGCGUAAGCAUUUACACUGGAAUGUUCACAACACAGACCAAGACUGUAUUACACGUAUUACUAAGGCUCUUCGAUACUCAAGAUCUCGCUGAAAAGAGCAGAUAGUAAGGUAAGGUAAGUUGUCCUGGCUCGCCUUUUCUCUAACUUUUUAAGCUUAAUUCCAACUUGUUUAUGACGAGUUCGAAUGACUGUCUGAAGUACCCCGGCAUAGUAAAUCGAACCCAAUCGAACUAAAUUUCAAUCGAACUCAAUCAAACUCAAUCGAACUCAAUCGGUGGAUUGAGUUCGAUUGAGUUCGGCAAUCGAACGAAAUCGAACUCACCGAAAAGAAAAAGAAUCAAUCGAACCCAAUCGAACGUUUGAUUUUCGAACUCGUGAUUUAUGUAAAACAGACGUUGAAAAUCCAUUACCAGAUCUUAGAAGCUCGAGUUACUUCAGCCCUGAGUGUAGCGCACGUGUUUUUCAUAAACGAAGAAAUUCCGCAGAAAUGGCUUCAGAUGCGUUGUGGAUCGUAAGCUUCAAAUGUAUAGUCAAAGGCUACCAGGAAUGCCGCUUUCAAGGAUGGCGAAGUUUUCAGGGUUUGUUCUGUUCUCUUCUCUUAACUACCGUGGACAGUUUAUAAAUGGGGUUUGUGAUAUUGAAUAAAUAGUAAAAAAAGCGCAAGAAAAACUUGCUUUGACGGGCUUGCUUUGGGCUUGCUUUGUAUAGGUUCACCAGAGCCAAUCGAACGAAAUCCAUUUAAUUGUGUUCGAUUGAGUUCCGUUUCCGAACUCAAUCGAACACAAUCAGACGGAUUGAGUUCGAUUGAGUUCGAUUUGUUCGAUUGAAUUCGAUUUGUUCGGAAAUCGAACUCACUGAAAGUGUGGUGUUCGAUUUCGUUCGAUUGAGUUCGAUUUUCGAACGUUCGAUUUACUAUGCCGGGGAAGUACCCAGUAACUAACAUUUCAGUGAGCAAUGAAACCAGCAUUAACCGUUUAAAGUAAAUUAUAACUAUACAUGUGUAUUUAGUUGGCAUAACCUUUCAAUACUAAGCAAGCAACGAGACCAUGACGUUGAAGAUGAUAAUGUAAAAUCAUGUAAGGACUUUGGGGGUCUGAAGGAGUAGAAUUUCCUUGUUUUGUACUGGAAAAUAGGAGUUUGGUCACUGGUACUGGGAAUUACUAAAAGAAAAUAAUGGAAUUAAGAAAGGACAUCUGUAUAAAGUAAGCUUACAUGUAAUGUGAUACAAACAUUCUUAUGAAAAUUUUCACAGACUAUAGAAGAACUAAUAAACAGAAUAGAAAAGUGUUAACAAGUGUUGAAUUUGCAAGUAGGCAAAGAUAAUCUACGUAGUCUGGUUCUAUAUUUUCAUGCGUCAGUCAAUAACAAACCCCAGCUUCCCAAUUCCCCUGGCAGUCAUAGCGUCAUAAGUGGUGAAUAAUUUAACAGCAUGCAUGUAUUUUUUGAAGUAGGUACAAAAGUUUAUUUUUGAUUUUAAAUUACGUGGGUUUUAACUUAAAUGAACAGAGAAUGAAUAGACAUUUUCAUGAGUCUUUCAAUGCAUAGCUAAUGCAGACCAUGAUUGAAUUAGAAUGUAUUUUCAUGUAAGUGCCAACAUAGUUGUUAACAUCUUCACAGUUUCAUACCUUCAUCUGCAGUUCAAAGUAUGAUUCAUUUCAUAUAUGACCAUUAAUUUUAAUCUUCAUUGUGCACUGCUCCUAUGAAAUUAUAUUGUGGUUCUUGAGAGGAUACAGUGCAGCACAUACUGUCAGGAAAUUGAAUGCCUUACUUUUUGGGAAGCAAAGCACACAGUCAUGUUAGAAACCAGAAAUUGUUCUAUUUGCACCAUAGUUGUAUCGUCAGUAAAUCUAGGUUUAAAGGAAAACAAAAUUUAAAGAAACAAGUUGUGAAAGAUAAGACUCUUAAGAGAGUCAUAGCAGUCAUAGCUGUUUUGGAUUCUCUUGUCUACAUACACCAUUAUUAAUCUGCAAAUACAACUGUCUCUCUUGUGAAAUGUCCCUGGUGGCAAGGAAAGAAAAUAGGCUGCUUUAUUUACAGGGUACACUGUACAUUAUUAUUAGGAGGCAUUGUUUUCAAGAUUGAGGAUAAGGGCUUUAAAUAGCAAAGUGGCUUCACUCCUGUUACAUUAACUAGGAACCUUGAACGUUUAAUUAUUAAAAGGAAAAAAAUAUAUUAGGUAAAGUUUCAGGAAAAUUUGAAACUUUUGGGAAUAAGGUGCUUAUGUGUUUCUAUAUUUUCCCUGAAAGUCUUUGGUGGAGCUCAUGAGAAGGCUAGGAAUGUUUAUUGAUUUGGAACUUUCGUCCGGGACAGGUAGAAAUUUAGUUCGAACAUGUAACCCUUUGAUAUGACUUGUCCGUGGGACAAGCACAUUUUUAAUUAGAAAAAUAAAGAUAAGAAACAGUUGCCUUAAAUAUUCCAUUUAACUUUGCCAUUCCACUGCCAGUCGUUUCAUUCAUUUGCUUUUUACAAGCUCUGUUGUAGGUUUAAUUCAAAAAUAAUAUACAAGGGUAAUAAUGUGAUUAAAUAAUGUGAUUAAAAACAUUAAAUGCCCGUUGCAAGCUAAACUUUUUGGACAAGAACUCUAGGUUUCAGACAACCAAAUUUAAUGUAUUGCUCGUGUGAAGGACAAGUGGAUAGGAAAAUUUCUCUCUUACCAGGGUGCAAAGAAGGUGAUUUUUAAAGCUUGCCAUUCGGGCAAGCUGAAGCUAGCAUAUACUAGCCCAAAUGUCAUUUCAACUAGCCCCAAACCGUUUUGAUGAGCAGAAUUGAUUUCACAGUUCUUCUUUAAUUUGAAUUCCUCAAAAAAAACUUCACUUGCCCAUCGGGCUAGUUAAGUUCAAAAUUCACUGGCUCGAUAGCAAAAUCCACUAGCCCCGGCUAUCAGACACUACUUUCUUUUUUGCUUACUCUCUAAUAAUAAUAAUAAUGUACAUCCAGUGGUUUUUCAUAACACUUUACAGCGAUAUUAAUGGAUGAUACUCUUAUAAAAAUGCAUACAUUAAAAUAAAAAAAGAUAUACAUUGUAAAACAUUGAACUCUAAUAAUAUAAUAAACCAUUGUUAAUAAAUUUAACAUAUACAUAUGCUUCAGUCUCCCCGACUAGUAAGGCACUGUGCCUGAGUUAUAAGACAUGAGACUUUAAUAAAGUUCAUUACUAUUAUUAUUAUUAUUAUUAUUAUUAUAGGGUUUCCAUGUAGCAUUUUACCCUGAUUUUCACUCAACUGCAAGUAGGGUUCUAAAUGUAAAUAUUAUUGCCUUUAAGGAAAGCCUUUAACUCAUACUAGUCAAACAUUUUGAAUCUUUAACAGUCAGAUGAAUCUUAUUCAGUUGCGUGAAUUUGUGGACAUUGAAAUCAUUUGCUACUCAGGUUUUGCACUGUUAUUAGACCACUUGUGGAAAAUGCCUUAUCAUUUUUUCAAAUUUUUAGUCUUGGUUUGUGAAAAGAGGCAUGUGGGGAACCCUGUGUCAAGUAAAAUUGUGCUGAUUGUAGUAAUUUGGCCAUGAGUGUAGGAAAAAAUAUUAUUAAUCAGUAAUAGCAGGGGUGUCCUCUGGCAACUUAGGGGUGUUUACAUGACACGGGGCAACUUUUGCCCGGAGCGAGUUCACUCUGGUUCCCUCUCAUAGCUCCAUAUUUGUUUACAUGAUACCACCACAAAAUGUCAUGCAGGCGCGAGUCACCUCAGUGUGAGUUCACCCGGUUCUUGUGCCGGCGAGAAUUUCACUCUGGUACAAAAUCUCAUGGCAGUAUCAUGUAAAUGCGAAACGACCACCCGUUUCGGCAUGAAAUCGGUCUGCCGGUAGACUGGAAUGGGUAGCGCACGCGUAAUGUUUGCGAUUUUGAAUCAGUAUUUUAUCAACAUGAAGUGUACCUUCAAAUAAUGAGAUAUGAAAUGACUCAUUCAUAAUGUAAACCCGAUACAAAAUCAAAAAGUCAUCCCGGUAUGAGACUCGCGCCGGUGUGAGUUUUCUCAUGUAAACACCCCCUUACUGUACAUGUACUUGUGCCUUUAGUGUAUUAUCACUGGCCUACAAAUAAUCUGUGUAGUUUACUCAAAUAAUACUUGCUUUCUAUUUAUUCAGCAGAUCAGCCUGGUAUGGGAUGUUGGUGACAGAAAGUCCUCUCAAAGCAAACAGGAUUAAUACAUGUUAAUUACAAGCCUUAGUCUUGUAAAGUGGUUCCAGGGCUGUCACUAAGGGCCAUAAACCAGACUUUAAAUCGGCUACUUUGAGCCCAAUACUUGGCUGUUUUGAGAGGAAACGAAACUUUCCACAUUUUCAUUGUCCCGCUCACUAAUUUCACUUAAACCCUGCAACUUGUGUAAUCUUAGUGACAGCCUUGUGCAUCUAACUUUUACAUCAUCAGUUUAUGAAAAUGAUUUGUUAUUUGGAUUUUGUUGUUAAAUUUGACUGUAAACACUUCUGGGAGUGAAAGGGCUAAAUCAAGAAACCAUCAAUGUUAUACAUGUAUUAGGCUUUCAGUCUUUUUAUUUCUUAUCUAAAAUUGUUUAAGCUUUUAAUUUGAAUUAUGCUAAAUUAUACUAAAUAUUUUCAUUUUGGAAGAGACCAUUUUGACCCACCUUUACAUUAAUUUGUGUGUUAGAGUUGCUGUUUUUUAUCAAAAUUUAACUUCAUCAGUUUUCUUGUACACCCUGUACCUUACAUGUAAAUGCUAAUAAUUAUUUUAAACUAUAAAUCAUCUUAAUUUGGCAUAAUACUAAGUUAAGAUGAUUUUUUUGGAUAUUUUGAGAAGACUGUUUUGACCCAUUUGAAAAGUUUAUGUACACUGUAUCUUAUUUAAACCUUACGUGUUGGAAAAAUUUUCGUUUUUUUUAAUUUUUAAUGUAAUGACAAAGAUGCUAACACAGAAAUAAAUCAUGUUAUAUUUAGAAAAUUCAGUUUUAGAGUAUCAGUGUGUUUUGUUUUUUAAAACCUUGUAAUAUCACUCUUUGCGGGACUAAACUUAAAGAAUGCGAUUCGUAUUUGCAGCUUUUGCAGUUACAACAAUGAAGCAUACCUGGCGAUUUUCAUGGGAUUUGAAAUGUAAAAAUAAAGAUAGGCAAUUUGAAAAUUGGUUAUGGUAAUGCAAAAUUGGAAACGGAAAGGGGCCCUAUUUUUUAAACUACUACUUAUUCAAAGUUCAUUUACUGGUUAAACAAUAUAACUCCAUUAAAGCAAGUUAUAACUUAAUAGUAGGGAUGACUAAUGUCAGUUUGAAGUUGGGUUCUUAUUUUUCUAUAGGUCUAUUGGGUUUUCAACGCUUUAUAACUUUUCGUUUUUGUUGUCAGUUUUGAAGAAUAAAAACAAAAUUUCUGGCCUAAUCCUUUAACUGUGUGUUGAAGUGUUGUUACAUAUCAGGGUAUUUUAUUUUAUGUCGAAACUUGAAUUGAGGAUUACUCAUACAAUUAUUUGUAAUGUAUGUAUGAGUAAUCCUCCAUGGCUCCAGAUUGUAAAUACUAUGGAGAGAUGAUGGGGAACCAAAGAAAACAACCGGUAUUAAGUACACAACAAAAAUCCAAUGUUUGUGUGACAUGGACAAAAAUAAAAUCUUGAUUGUUAAAAGUUUGGUAAGAAAAAUUUACCGAUUACCAUUAUAUUUACCGGUAUUUUUAAAGUUUCCAGUGUGUUUAUGUGUAUACAUAUAUGGCGUAAAGGAGCUUGUAUUUGCGCUUUACACAAGCUUAAAGUAGGGUUUACACAAGCUUUACGCAAAACGUAAAGGUGUUGCGUAAAGUUUUUGUUUCAUUACGCCAGCUUUAUAUGUACGCGUAAAGGUGCUGUAAAGCUGAACUUUACGUAGAGUAAAGGAAGCGUAAAGCUGUGUAAAAUUCAACUAUACGCUGACUUUACGUUGUCAUUACGCUCACGUAAAUUUGAUUUUUCAUGCUGUGAAGCACUGCUUUAAGCGCCAGCUCCACCGUAAACAAGUGGUAGCUGUUGGUUGGGAACUGCAAAACAGUUCUCCCACGGCGUGCGUAUGGAGAUGGUAUCACUGAGGAAAAAUUGAACUGUGUGCCCAAAUAAAUUUGGUCGGGGGCGGGGGGAAGGGGGUGAAGGAGGGGUUUCUGAUCCAUAACACAUAGUAACUAUUCUAAACAUCAAAUCCCCUCAGACACAUUUUUUUCUUAGCAUCACUUUCCUUCCAAAGACAUAUUAUUUCUUCCACAUCUCCCAGCUAGCAAAAAUUGGUCUGUAGAACAGAUAUUUUGAGGAACAGAUCCAUUGGGUGCCCCUGAGUGUAGCCCUAGCAGCACUAUACGACGCGUCCUUAGGGGUGCAAAGUUUCUUGAUUGAAGUUUUGAGACUAACGUUCCAAGUCCUUUAACAACCUUGUUUUAGUAAAUAACGCAGUGGUUGGUGACAUUGAACGAAGAGUACUCAUAGAUUAUAAAAAUUUUGAAUUCACUUGAACUGUUGCAAAUAAACCAUUUAAACAACUCUUGAUCGGCUGAAACUGAAAACUGACUUUGUCGGUGGAUUACUUUACGUCAAAUUCUUACCUAACUUCCACUUGCUGAUUUGUAGAUGAAUGUAGAACAGGACUACAUAACUGCCACGAUGAUGCAUACUGCACCAACACCAAGCGUUCCUUCACUUGUACUUGUAAGACAGGAUAUACUGGGGAUGGUGUUAACUGUGCAGGUAGCAAACCUGAUAAGGAGCUUAAACUAACAGGAUUUCAUCUUUAG